CCUCUUCCUCACUCUCUCACUCUGCCUCGCAGCCUCUCUGCCCUCUCACGCGGCCACGGCCCACGCCAUUGCACGGUGCACAUCUCGCCGUCGACCCCUCAGCCUGAGUCCCCUCCCUCUCGCCGUCUCCCCCUCAGAAACACAGACCCGCUCUCUCACCGUUGCACCUCCCCUCACGGCCUCACCUCUUGAGCCGUUCCCAUCGCGCACACAGCCCCUCGGCCCCUCUCUCAAAGCUGCGCUGCCCUCUCUGUCUCUCACCGUAUCACUCUCACGCAGCCCUCCCAUCUCUCACGCAGCCGGCAGCCCCUCUCUCACGUCUCUCUGUCUUCGACGGUUAAAGGGUUCACCCCUAGGUAUGGAGCGUGACAUACAUCCUGCAGAUCAGCUUUGAUGACUGGUUCUGGGUCCCUUGCAGCUCAUUCCUGAACCUCAAAACCAACAACAAUUACCUCUCACGCAAUUUCUUCCUCGACAAGAGCCAUCCCUUGCACUUCAAGAUCAUUCUUUGCCUUAUGCAGCUCACAAGAGACGUAUGGACAUGGAGCAAGCUAGAAAGGACCAUCUUCUCCAGAAUAGUAAUGGAAAAAAUUUCUUGCUUGUUUCUCCGCUUCUCUUCCUCAAUGUCUACAGUGCAGCUCAACUUAUUCGAGUCUCACCAUGGACUGGCCACCUGCAUUUCCUCGUUACAAAGCUGUGCCCACCACAAAAAUCUCACUAGAGGCAAACAAAUUCACUCCUACAUGCUCACCAAUGGCUUCCUCAACUCUCCUCUAUCCAUCACCAGUCUGAUCAACAUGUACUCCAAGUGCAACAGAAUGAAAGAUGCAGUUCUGGUCUUUAAUUACCAAAGUAAUGAUCAUAAUGUGUUUGCCUAUAACUCAAUCAUUUCUGGGUUUGUUUCAAAUGGGCUUGCAGAAAAUGGUUUUGAGUUUUAUAAGCAUAUGAGGUGGAUGGGUGUUAUGCCAGACAAGUUUACUUUUCCGUCUGUGAUCAAAACUUGUUGUGAUGUUAUGGAGGUUUUGGAGGUUAGGAAGAUUCAUGGGUUGUUGUUUAAACUUGGGUUGGAGUUGGAUAUGUUUGUCGGAAGUGCUUUGGUUAAUACUUAUUUGAAAUUUGGGUUAAUGGAAGAGGCACAGGAGGCUUUUGGGGAAAUGCCGGUGAGGGAUGUUGUGCUUUGGAAUGCAAUGGUUAAUGGUUAUGCGCAAAUUGGGAGGUAUGAGGAGGCUUUGGAGAUUUUUAGGACAAUGGGAAAAAAAGGGGUUGUUCCUAGUAGGUUUACCGUUACUGGUGUCUUGUCGGUUUUAGCUUCGUUGGAGGAGUUCAAUAAUGGGAGGGCAAUUCAUGGAAUUGCAAUGAAAAUUGGGUAUGCUUCUGGUCUUGCAGUUUCCAAUGCAUUGAUUGAUAUGUAUGGAAAAUGCAAGUGUAUUGGAGAUGCUUUAGAUAUUUUUGAGAUGAUGGAUGAGAAAGAUAUAUUUUCAUGGAACUCGAUCAUAUCUGUUCAUGGACAAUGCGGUGAUUAUGAUGGUACUUUAAGACUUUUUGAUAGGAUGUUAGGUGCUGGCAUGCGGCCUGAUUUGGUUACUGUCACAGCAGUCCUGCCUGCUUGUUCUAAUCUGGUUGCAUUAAUGCGUGGACGGCAGAUUCAUGGGUAUAUGAUAGUCAAUGGUUUUGAAAAGGAAGCCAAUAAUAAAGAUACGGAUGAUGUGCUAGUCAAUAAUGCUGUUAUGGACAUGUAUGCUAAGUGCGGGAGUAUGAGAGAUGCUCAUUCGGUUUUCAAUAAGAUGAGCAACAAGGAUGUAGCAUCCUGGAACAUCAUAACAAUGGGCUAUGGCAUGCAGGGUUAUGGUAACGAGGCAUUACACCUGUUUUCUUGUAUGUGUGAGGCACAAAUAAAGCCUGAUGAAAUCACAUUUAUUGGGCUAUUGUCUGCAUGCAGCCAUGCAGGCUUCGUGAGACAAGGGCGUGAGUUCCUGAUGCUUAUGAAAUCGAAGUAUGGUGUGGAUCCAACUAUUGAGCAUUAUACUUGUGUGAUUGACAUGCUAGGUCGAGCUGGGCAGCUUGAGGAGGCUUACGAACUAGCAAGAACAAUGCCUGUUGAGGCCAAUUCUGUGGUGUGGAGAGCUUUGCUAGCAGCAUGCCGGCAACAUGAUAAUGCUGACCUUGCUGACAUUGUUGUAAGAGAGAUAUUUAAACUUGAGCAAGGGCACUGUGGAAAUUAUGUAUUGAUGUCAAAUAUAUAUGGAGUAAUUGGACGAUAUGAAGAGGUAUCAGAAAUUAGACAUGCAAUGAGGCAACAAAAUGUGAAAAAGGCACCAGGAUGUAGCUGGAUUGAGCUCAAGAAUGGUGUGCAUACUUUCAUUACGCGUGAUCUGACCCAUCCUGAAGCCAACCUUAUAUAUGCUGCAUUAAAUUCAUUGACUGCUCGUCUACAUGAUCAUGGAUAUAUGCCUGACCUCUAACAUUGGGUUUCUUCUGAAAGUAUACCAUGGGAUUGUGUCAAUAGAAAACUCUGAUUAUUGUUUGCCUGUGAUAAAUGGGAAAGAAGGCAAAUUAACAUUGAGCAGAAGAUGAAAUAGUCCCCUUUUUUAGUUAGUAUGCAAAAUUAACACUGCUACCGCCGAUCACUUUCGGGAUCAUUUGGUGUACAACAUCAUAAAUUGAAAGAACGGGGAAAGGAUUGUGAAUUGAGCAAUGGAAGAGGUGAGCGAGCCAUCCCUCCAAGUCGAUAAAUUUGCUUGCAGCGUACAGGUUGAUGCAUCUCACUUUUCUUUUUUAGUCUUUCCAGGUAUCUAACUGCACUGGGAUUCUUUGCAUGCAUAUAUCAACAUCAUGCAGCCGUGCACUACAUGUAGAACAUCUUAACAAAAUUGAACACAAAUCAGAAAAUUUGUGAUUUCGGCAUCGAUUAUAAUGACUGGAUGACGGUAGUAACUUGCAUUCUAGGCUAAUUUAGGUCUUCCCAACUUGAAGCUUAGAAUUGUAAUGACCAGGGAUUGACUCUGGACUUGAGUAUUACAGUAACUCCACUUUUUAUCUCUGUUUGAAUUAUUUAGUUUUGUUCACUUGUAUAACCAAUCCAUUCUGUUGAAAUAUUCAAGUAAUGUUUAUUAUACCCUACGUCAGGCCUUGUA